UUAUUUUUUUUAGAUUACAUUUCGUCACGGACACAAUCCAAAGGCGUUAAUUAUAAAUCAAUGUCGUGUUUUUUGGUAGCUCUUUGAAGACACUGGGAUAUAAAGCUAUCACCUUGGUUACUGUCACCUUCUGUUGCUCUCUCUGUGUAAGACCCUAUUUUCCCCAUGUGUUCGUUUUAAUGAGAAAUUCGUUGAGCUUUUGUCAUCUGUAUUGAUCUACUUACUAACUGAUAUCACAGAACAUAUUCAAUAUGAAAUGUUUUUUUUGUUUGUUUUAAUAAAGAAACAAAAAAAUAUCAAGCUUUGACAUCAUUCUCUUUGUUUCUUAAUAUCACCUCCUUCGUUCAGCAAUUAGGAUUAAAUCCUCACUGUUGGAUUCUGUUUUUCCCCCCAAUCAAGCCUCAGGAGCAGUGGCGUGUCUUCAUGGCAGUUCAUCGAGGACACACUAAGUACUUGAAAGCGGACCUGCAGGAGGUGUAUGACAUGUCAAACGGUUAUGAAGACCACAUGGGAGGGGAUGAGGGGAAGGACUCCAAGACCAACCUGAUCGUGAACUACCUGCCUCAGACCAUGACGCAGGACGAGCUGCGGAGCCUCUUCAGCAGCAUUGGAGAGGUGGAAUCUGCCAAGCUGAUACAAGACAAAGUGGCAGGCCACAGUUUAGGGUACGGAUUUGUUAACUAUCUUAACCCUAGUGAUGCAGACAGAGCUAUCAGUACACUGAAUGGACUAAGGCUACAGUCCAAAACUAUCAAGGUUUCAUACGCACGACCCAGCUCUGAUACAAUAAAGGAUGCAAAUCUGUAUAUCAGCGGCCUGCCAAAGUCCAUGACCCAGAAGGAUGUGGAGGACAUGUUCUCAAGAUUUGGACACAUCAUUAACUCUCGGGUACUUGUAGAUCAGGCUACAGGUAAGACAGGUGUCUCCCGCGGGGUGGCCUUUAUCCGGUUUGACAAGCGGGCCGAAGCAGAGGAAGCAGUCAAAAGUCUGAAUGGCCAAAAACCACCUGGAUCCUCUGAGCCAAUCACAGUGAAAUUCGCUGCCAACCCAAACCAAGUGAAGAACACGCAGAUCAUCUCCCAGCUCUACCACAACCCCUCCAGGCGCUUCGGGGGGCCCUUGCAUCACCAGGCACAGCGGUUUAGGUUCUCCCCAAUGGGUGUUGACCACAUGAGUGGCAUGGGAGGCGUCAGUGUCCCCGGCAACUCCACCUCUGGCUGGUGCAUCUUCAUCUACAACCUGGGCCAGGAUGCUGACGAGAGCAUCCUGUGGCAGAUGUUUGGCCCCUUCGGUGCUGUCACCAACGUCAAGGUGAUCCGCGACUUUAACACCAACAAGUGCAAGGGCUUCGGCUUCGUUACCAUGACGAACUACGAGGAGGCGGCAAUGGCCAUCGCCAGCCUGAAUGGCUACCGGCUGGGAGACAAGAUGCUGCAAGUGUCCUUCAAGACCAGCAAGGGCCACAAAUAGAGAGAGCUGGACAGUAAGGUGUAGAGGAGAGAUGGAAAUGACCUACGUUAGGCUUCUGUGGCACAGAGCAGAAGUGUAAAGUUGGAAAGUCUGGCACAUCCUUUUGGGGUUUUAGUUUAUUAAGAGUUCAACGAGAGUUCACUCUUCUGCACCUUUUUACUUGUCUAAGAGUUUUUUUUCUUCUCAUCUUUAUACUCAUGCUUGAGGGGAAACAGAAGUUUCAUUUUUUUAGGGAGAGGAUGGAGAGGACAAAAUCCCAUGAUACCCCUAGUUAACUUUUGGAAUGAUCUCAAAUCUAAAAUACUGUCCAUAUGUGUUGCAUGUUUUAUUGUGAGGACUAGAUUAAAGAGGCAAGAGUUUCUUAGCAGUUCACUGAAAAAAUAAGAGGAAGACACUGCACAUUGUUCUCUAAGAGUCAACAUUUCACGGUCAAGAAGCUAAAGAACGGUAUAUUGCCUGUACUUUUUGUAGGAGUCAGCAGUGCUCUGCUCUGAUCCUCAUCAUCGGUUAAAAUAGAUGCCUUAAAUUAUCAUCUGGUGGAUUAAUAAACCUGAAAUACCACUUACUGUCUUUAGUUAAUCUAAGAGCAAAGCACUUUCAGUCAAACUGUUUUAAGUUACUAUGAUUAUCUGUUUUGUAUGUUCAUCUACAACGUUAGCUCACCUUCCUUCCGUGGGGAAAAAAAAACAAAAAACAAGACAAGUUGUGGUGAUAAAGGAUUUAGUUUUGUUGUCCCUGUGUAAAGUCUCUUUUAUUACAAGUUGUAUUUCAGGAGAGUCCUGUUGAAAAUUAGCCCCAGUCAGUGAGUAGGGAACUAAGAUGGACCAAAUAAAGGGAGGGAUUUGAUCCAAAGGAGAAGUUUUUUCACAAGGUAACUUUGAUCCUUUUUUUUUAGUGGUUGUUGGAGAGGUACUGAGCUUAUAUUUAAUCCUCACUUAGAGCAACAUGUCUUUAGCUCAGUUUGUUGUUCUGUUUCUUUAUUUUCUUAUUUUUUUUCUUUUGUUUGAGUUAUUUUUCCCUCUCUGCAGAAACAGAUUCUCGUUCCACUAUUCAUUUCAAACUUGUUUGGACGAGUGCUCAUCUCAAGUUCUGACAGACGUUAAUGGCCUUUGUUUAUGAUUUUUCUUCAGUUUUGGUUUCUUUUCUUUCUUUUUAUUUUGAUUGUUUCACUUUGAGCAUAAACCAUUAAAUUUUAUUUCUUUUUGCUGAA